UCAAUGCACAGGAGAGGAGGCCAACGCUUCCUUUAUACUAACGUCUUUUGAUCCAUCCAGCAGCGAACUCCACUUCGCAUAACGGACCCAAUGAUCCUGUGAUUCCAGCGAGGGAGAGAGAGAGAGAGGGUGAAAAGAUUGAGGAUCUUUCCUCAAUCAUUUUCUUCACAAACCCGUAGAUCAUAUUUCCAAAGUUGAUUUCUUGAUUUUUCCAUAGAAAGAUCAAAAGGGUUCGUCAAGGAACUUUCUUGCGUUCUUACAAAGUCGUGUUGGACUGGGUUUCUUCCUUCUUAGUCCUUAGAUCUUUCGAGCUUCAAUUGUUUUCCCAUCAAUUGACUAUUUUUGGCACAAAAAAAAAAAAAACCCAUCUUCAUCCUCGCCUGAGAUCACGAUGAUCUCGUCCGUAAAGCAACCCACUGUUGCCAUCACCGGUUCCGAUAUUCUCCGGAAGAAAUGGCCGGGGCCGACACGAAAAUUCGCGGCUCUGCCGCCGCUUCCGGCGGUGAAAACCCACCGGAGAAGCUCCGUCAUCUCGAUCGCGAAGCCCUUGUGUGUUUCGUCUAUUGAAGGCUUUGGAUUGUCGAAUAGAUCGCUGAGCAAUGAGGAGAAAACGGGCUUGAUCGCAUGCAAGGCCUACGAGGCGGAUCGGUCAGAACCGAUCGAGGCCAACGCGCAGCCGUCGGAGGCGUCGAAGAAGGUGAAGAUCGGGGUCUACUUCGCGACAUGGUGGGCUCUGAAUGUGGUCUUCAACAUCUACAACAAGAAAGUUCUUAAUGCUUUUCCCUGUCCAUGGCUCACUUCAACUCUCUCCCUGGCCACUGGGUCUCUCAUGAUGUUGAUUUCCUGGGCAACCAGAAUUGCCGAAGCUCCGAAGACCGAUCUCGAGUUCUGGAAAACGCUCUUCCCUGUUGCUGUAGCUCAUACAAUUGGGCAUGUGGCAGCUACAGUGAGUAUGUCAAAAGUUGCUGUCUCCUUUACUCACAUAAUCAAGAGUGGUGAGCCUGCUUUCAGUGUACUGGUCUCCAGGUUCCUCUUGGGCGAGACAUUUCCGGUGCCGGUUUACCUGUCCCUUAUUCCGAUCAUCGGUGGCUGUGCUCUUGCUGCUGUGACUGAGCUCAACUUCAACAUGAUCGGUUUCAUGGGGGCCAUGAUAUCGAACUUAGCAUUCGUAUUCCGCAACAUAUUUUCGAAGAAAGGCAUGAAAGGGAAGGCUGUCAGUGGAAUGAACUACUAUGCUUGCCUCUCUAUGUUGUCUCUGUUGAUACUCAUCCCAUUUGCAAUUGCUGUGGAGGGGCCACAGAUGUGGGCUCUUGGAUGGGAAAAGGCUGUCUCUCAGUGUGGACCCCAGUUCAUCUGGUGGGUGGCGGCACAGAGUGUUUUCUAUCACCUCUACAAUCAGGUUUCCUACAUGUCACUCGAUCAGAUUUCUCCUCUGACGUUUAGCAUUGGGAACACCAUGAAACGUAUUUCGGUCAUAGUCUCUUCCAUCAUCAUCUUCCGAACGCCUGUCCAGCCCGUCAAUGCUCUUGGAGCAGCCAUUGCUAUCCUUGGAACCUUCUUGUAUUCCCAGGCAAAGCAAUGAGUAGCAGGGAUGGAGGAUUUAGGAAUACUUCUAUUAGCAUAAAAUUAUAGAGAAAACCUGUCUCUGCAAGAUUUGUUUUACAAUUGGAUGAUGUUGAUGGAAGGCGGUCAAGGAGCUGGCUCUCUUUGUUCAUUUUGUAGAUUGUAAUAAUGAGUGAAUGCUCUCUACCUACUACUACUACUACGUAGGUGGUGGUGAUAAAGAGGUGGUUUUUUGUGUGUGAGCUUGGCUUGUCUGUACGUUUUUUUAUUUGUUUAUGUUGCGUUCCUCAGGUCUCUUCUGCCUGGACGAAGAGGUAGAGUAGAGAGAGUUGUUAGAAUAAGCAGAUGAGGACAAUGCCCAAAACUUUUUCUGUUGCUGUCACAGCACUUUAAAUUGUUGAUUCCAUGAAAACAUCUUUGCUCUA